UCACUCUCCUCCAAAUAUUUCCAGCCAAUUACAUCUCUCAUCUGCUUCACGCUUGCCCUAGACACGUGUUGUUCUCCGCUUUUCUCCCUUGUACUGCUUGUUUUGAUUAUCGCCUGAGCUCACCGCUGAGUGGAGAGAUUGUUAAAAGGGGAGACUGACCACAGAGCGAAAGAGAGAGAGACGGUGAAGAGCGAUGGACGGAGGAGAGAGGCGGUGCAUGAUACGAUGCGCUACUGGUACGCAGGAUAAGACGAUAAUCGACCAGAUAAUGCUCAGAUUCAGGCCGAUUGCACCGAAACCUGUCAGCGGUGCUCCAGAUUCCGAUUUGUCUUACCUGAACAACAAGAACUUAUUGCUUUCCAAGCGCAGAACCAAAAGAAAGUACGUUAGGAUUCGUAAGAACAACAAAUUGAUCAAAAGAAACCAAAAAGUUUCAUCACCAUCAUCAUCAGAUCAUGGAAAAGGUAACGAAAGACAGGAUGGAUCUUUUGAAAAGGUCGUAACUCUGCAGUUAUUACCGGAGAGAAGCGAUGAUCAGUUUAAGGACUCGACAGAAAGAGGGAGAUCGUGGUGCAAUCUCGAUCUCACAGAAGAAUUUUUAGUUCAUAAUCCAGUGAAUAAUCAAGCCGCAUCCAUGCGGCUGAAGCUAAAACAGCCGGUUAUCUACGGGGAAGAUCAUCAGACGGUGGAGAUGGUUCCGAAAAGGAGAUUGAUACUGGAAUCGUGGGUGACAGUGGAGAGCGUGACAGACACAAACGGUUGCAUGGAAGGUCGAGGGUUAGGGUGUACGGACGUGGAAAGAGUGAAGAAUCUAGAGGAGGACACGCGUCCAGGGUUUAUAUCAGACGGUUCAAAUAGGGUGCGGUGGGUGAACGGGCCAUACAGGAGGAUGGUGUCAGUGAUGAAGGAGGAAGAAAAUGAGGGUCAGGGGCAGUCAGUGGAAGUAAAGGUGUGGUUGGUAACGAAAGAAAAGUUGGUUCCGUACAUGUACAGCUCUGCAUUUACUUGCUGGGUGAGAUUGCAGUACGCGUGGAAGGAGGAGAAGUUCUCGUCACAGAUGGUGCCAUGUGAUGUUUGGAGAAUGGACUGCGGAGGGUUUGCAUGGAGACUGGAUGUUGAGGCUGCACUGGGUUUGGGCCGUUGAAACAAUUGCAAAAAGCCUCCAAAUCGAAAGACCAAGAAGCAAAGGAAGCUUUAUCAGUUACUUGAGACAAUUUCUGUGGAUCUGAGCAUUCUUAGGAUCACAAGAUGACUAGGUCAGUGGUGGCAAACGCGGACAUGUUGAGAAUGGCAGAAUUGGAGGAGCAUGGUUUUAAAUUGCGGUCGCAGGUAAUGGAAAUAGGUCUGUAAUGGUUAUAAUUGUAAUGGUAAUGGUUUGACAAUAUGUAAAAUUUUCAAGUCAAUUUGUAAAGUUCAUAAAAUGACAUGAUAUUGAUAGAUUUAAUUCAGAACAA